AUGAUUCGAUGGUGCCAUGACAAAAAAAACAAAACAGACUACAUGGUAAUAUUACUACCAACGACUUGGAACGAAACUGCUUAUUUAAGACUGAACAUGUUUACGGCAUUCGUUCGAUACGAGCCACUGAAGCAGCUCGAUCUUGAGCUGAUCUUUAUCAAGUGUUUAAUCAGAAAAGAAGGCAAGAGACGAAAGUACAUUGGAGGUAGUUUCGGAUUACAUUGGGGUGCAUUGAACGCAAAAGGCUUAAAGAAAGGGGAAUAUGCCAGCAUGAAAGUUCUAGAAGUUAUACUGGUUUUGUAA